AUGUCAACUUUGGACCACCAGCCUUGCCCCCAGGGGCCAUCCAACAACGCCGGUGUUGCACCAACCGCCACCCCCUCGCCCUCCUUGCCCUCUGCCACUGCCUCUCGCCAUCCAACACCCCCAGGGGCCGUCCAACGAUGCCCCUGCAAGCUCCUUUCAAGCUUUAAAUAUGGUACCAAACCAGUCCUGGAUUUGUGGAGUUCCACUUUCCAGGAUCCGACCUACCAAGGCUCCGAGUUCCUGGAGCUUCAACGGCCUGACAGGAAGCCGAUCCAGCCAUUGUACCUCAAUGGGGGACCUUGGCUUUCAUGCUUUGGACACAGUAUCACUGAGUUCGCUUGCGUCUGCUGGUGUAUAACUGGCCACAUGCCUAUUGGAGCAUAUUAUCGUCACUUCAAGAUUAAUGAGCCUCAUGGCUGCACGUGUGGGGCUGCUCUGCAGUCUCGCCAGCAUAUUCUCUUUCACUGCCGCAAUCGAUACUCUACACACUACCCCCAUUUUCUCGGGGAUAUUGCAUCCUUCAUGAAGUACAACCCUACGGUGUUUGGCUUCAACUGGGACCCUUCAGGUGUUGGAUAA